AUGACAUCCAGCUUAUUUGAUAUCAUCAUGGCACCCACUUCAAAAGAAGCGCCGCCAAAGAACACGAAUCCACUUCGUUCAGUCAAAUCAUUCACACGACAUGAGACAUUAAGCAAAGCAGACACCGACCCAAUCACGAUACAACGCCCGCAGCGAGCAAGUACUUUCCAGAAUGGAGCAUCCCCGAGGACAAGUACCGCCGACGCCUUUGAGACUCACGCAGGCGACGAUGACGAGGAUCAGCCAGAACCUCCACGAGCGUCGGUUGAUAUGGACGACCUCCCCAUCGAGCUGGUAAGCUUGACAGACAGCUUUAUCGAGUCUCUGUCGGCGAAAGUCCAUCCGACUCCACCGAACAUCGACAAUCUAGCCAGGCUCUUUCAGGAGUUUUACCACACGGCCGCCACACAUAUCAACACACACAUAUCGACUUUGCUAUCCCGGCAAUCCCGAGAACACUCUCCAGUCCCCUCAAGCUCCGCAUCCGCACGUGCCUCCCCCGCAAGCCUACUCCGUGCCAAGGCGGCCUCGAUAAGCGGCAAGGACAAGGCCAAAGCUGCCGGUGCAUCCAAGUCUGAGGGGGAACAGCAAAUGAUUACUGCUGAGGAGCUGGCUGAGAGAAAAAGAGCAAGGAAAGCAUUGGAGCAGAAGCGAGGGCUUCUGGAGGAAGCUGUGGAAAGGCGACUUUGUGAGGGCAUCUACCCUCGAAUAUACAGACACCGAACCACGCAGGACGAGGCCGCGGAUGACAAGCUUAGGUCGAAAACUGCAGCACUCGCCGUCGUCGGUAUAGGUCUGGCAGACUUGGGGGUUGACCUCGGUGAGGUGCAAACGCCCGAGGCUGGGGUGGAAAGGCAGGAGGAGGUUCGGAAGUGGUUGGACCAAGCAAGGCGUGACCUGGAGCUUAUGAAUGAGUCGAGGUAUCCUCUGGGGAAGUUGAACCGGCUCAAGGCAGCACACAAAAGCAUCGUGGAUACGCUGGCGCACUUCCACCCAUCUUCGUCUGCCGACGAGAUUAUGCCGAUGCUCAUAUAUACCCUAAUCACACUGUCCCCAGAAAGGCUCAACGUCAUCAGCGACCUCAACUUUAUUCAACGAUUUCGUUGGGAACCAAAGCUCACAGGAGAGGCCGCCUACUGCCUUACAAAUCUAGAAGCUGCCAUUAGCUUUCUCGAGACGGUCGAUCUGUCGACUUUGAGGCCUGAUGAGGCUCCAUCUGGGCCCUCAAAGAACAGCAGGCCAACUACCCCUAGGGCAGAAACCUUUCCUCCUGCAUACGCAUCCCCCGGCUUAUCGACAUCCACUCAAGCUGUGGAUACGGCGACCGCAAAUGCGGCGCCUGAGUCCAUGAAACCGACACUCUCGCAGACAAACCUCCGGGCUACUGCAGCGGCCCAGCUUAGGAACCGGCGCCUCAGUGACCUGGUCAACACUCCAGCUCAGGCAUUCGGGGCGGCCAGUGACGCCGUGUUUAGCACUGCCGAUCAAGGUAUAAAAAAUAUCACCAACACCCUUGGCGACAGCUACAACUUCUUCCUCGGGAAGUUGACUGGAGACGUCGUCCCAAGAACGCUGGAUGACGCCCGGAAGCUUAUCAGCACACCACCACCCGACGAUGAUAUGUCUGCCAGUGGCUCUCUCAAUGAGGACGGCGAUAGCCGCCAGGGUCCGCAGGUUGUCAGCAGGGAGGACAAGGUUCUCAGUCUGAUCGGGGGCAAGAAGGCAGUUUCACGUGACCGCAGUGUAGACAGCACGAGAAGUGCCAGGAGUGCAAGCAGCAGCUCGAGGAAGGUCUUGUUCGCGACCGGAGAGGACAAGUCUGCCACUCAAACCCCUGCGCCAUCAACAGGUUCCAACCCAGCCCUUAUCGACUCGGUACGAAACUUUGGUAACUCUCUGAACCCAAUGUCGAGGCUGUCAGGUAUUGGCAUGAUGCGUGGUUUCGGUAGGACAGCUUCCACGCCUGCUGCGCCUCUGGCAAAAGCCGAGGGUGGCGAUCUUGCUUCAGCCUUCCCCGACAUUGCAACCGCCUUGCCUCCUAAACAGGUAGCGCAGAUAGCCCCACCAGUCAAAAAGUUCAUGGAGACGUCCACAGCCGCAGAGCUUAGGCUUGGUGAUAUAGGGGACCUGCUCCGUGACUACCGCAGGCUGGCUGCUGCCCUCAAGGACAGAGAUGCCUUCAAAGAGACGUGA